GCAAUCAACGAUAUAGUUAUCAAAGUCAUCUACAACUAGUGCUAAAUUUCCCUAGCGAGAUUGUACAUUUCGAAGAUACAAGUAGCUCUCGGUAUGCUGAUAAUCACACUUUGUAAAGCCAGCGAUAUAAUGUGUAAACUUGUCACACGUUAGGCGAAUUUUGCUACUUUUUCUCAGCCACAUUCUCCAAAAUUAAAACGAUGAAAAAGUAACAUCUGCUAACAGAUACUGGAUGAAACCGUGGAGAAAACCACACAAUAAAAAAUUAUCGCAUGAGUUACUGAACAGCUGUUUCUUCAACGCGCUCAGUAAAAACAAAUUGGCAUGAACAGAAAUACACUAUACAAUCAUAAAUAACAAUUACAACUGAAACUUAAAACUUUGGGAUACAGCGUAGGAAGCGGAGAGGAAAAGCAAUGACGUCUUCAACUUAUCCCCCACUUAGGUAACUCAUAAUAUUGGGGGCAAGUGUUUGUAAUCCUAAUAGACUCUGACCCUAACCUAUGGCUCGCGUAUUUUGAGUAACCGUACUUAUGGCUUCGGGUUUCGGAACAACUUCUAAAACAUGCCAGAGGCUAUCAUGGCUAGCGAAGAGGUAUUACUCAGAACAAGCUCUGCCGAAAAUAACAACGCACUAUACCAUCGUACCAAGAGAUAGUGACCCACGCUGGAAAGAUGUCAAUAUGGAACGCUAUGUUGAUGAGACAGACAUCCUCAUUGUUGGAGGUGGUCCAGCUGGAAUGUCUGCGGCAAUCCGCCUAAAACAGCUGGCAGAAAAAAGUGGAAAGGAGCUUCGAGUAACUCUCGUAGAGAAAGCUGCAGAGAUAGGAGGUCAUAUUCUAUCUGGAGCAUGCAUUGAACCUGUAGCCCUUGAUGAGCUUAUACCUGACUGGAAGGAAAAGGGAGCACCUCUUAAUACACCUGUUAAGGAAGACAAAUUUGCUUACCUUACAGAGAAAGGGAGGAUACCAGUCCCCAUCUUCAGCUGGAUGCCAAUGUACAAUCAUGGCAACUAUGUUGUCAGGCUGGGUCAUGUUGUUCGUUGGCUUGGGGAGCAGGCUGAGCAACUUGGUGUUGAAAUGUAUCCUGGGUAUGCAGCUUCAGAACUGCUGUUCCAUGAAGAUGGCAGCCUUAAGGGUGUUGCUACAAAUGAUGUAGGAAUAGCAAAAGAUGGUUCACCUAAGGAAACUUUUGAGCGUGGUAUGGAACUGCAUGCAAAGUGCACACUCUUUGCAGAAGGUUGCCAUGGCCAUUUAUCAAAGCAACUUUUUAAUAAAUACAAGCUACGUGAAAAUUGUGAAGCACAGACGUACGGCAUUGGAUUGAAGGAAGUAUGGGAAAUUGUACCAGAGAAACAUAAACCAGGCACUGUUGAACAUACUAUUGGAUGGCCAUUGGAUCGGCAUACGUAUGGUGGCUCAUUCCUGUAUCACCUUAAUGAACCAUCUCCUUUGGUGGCAGUUGGUUUUGUUAUUGGCUUAGACUAUACAAAUCCAUACAUAAGUCCCUUUAGGGAAUUUCAGAGGUUUAAACAACAUCCAUCUGUCAGACCCACAUUUGAAGGAGGAAAAAGGAUAGCCUAUGGUGCAAGAGCUUUGAAUGAAGGUGGAUUUCAAGCAAUACCAAAGCUAACAUUUCCUGGUGGAUGCCUUAUUGGUUGCGCUGCAGGCUUCUUAAAUGUUCCUAAAAUAAAGGGUACUCACUAUGCGAUGAAAAGUGGUAUGCUUGCUGCAGAAAGUAUCUUUGAGGCACUUGAUGAAACAUCGGAAACAACAGGCAUUGAACCAAAAUCUUAUGAGGAUAAAAUUAAGAAUAGUUGGAUUUGGUCAGAUUUAAAAAGUGUAAGAAAUAUACGCCCAUCAUUCCAUAAUCCACUGGGAUUAUAUGGAGGGUUAAUGUACUCUGGCUUCAGUUUGGUGAUUGGAGGUCGAGAACCGUGGACAUUCAGUCAUGGUGAUCCUGACUGGAAACGACUGAAACCAGCUUCAGAAUGCAAGCCUGUGGAGUACCCUAAACCAGACGGUGAAGUGAGUUUUGACUUGCUAACAUCAGUAGCUCUGACUGGAACUAAUCAUGAAGGUGACCAACCACCACACCUGACACUGCGUGAUGAUACAGUGCCUGUUAAACGAAAUCUUGCCAUUUUUGACGGUCCUGAGGGUCGCUUUUGUCCAGCAGGAGUGUAUGAAUUUGUUCCACUUGAAGAUGGCACUGGGCAGAGAUUGCAGAUAAAUGCACAAAACUGCAUCCACUGCAAAACUUGUGACAUUAAAGACCCAAGCCAGAAUAUCAAUUGGGUGGUACCAGAAGGUGGUGGUGGACCAGCUUAUGAUGGAAUGUAAAUGCAGAGUACCACAUGGCAUCAUGCAGAGUCAUCAUCUUAUCAUCAAAGAUUACUGGUUAUCUGGUUAAAAUAAAUCACAUGCCAAUGUUUUUAAUUUAUCUGACUUUUUUGCAUUAUAUUGAGUUUUUGGCUUAUGACUUUCUGUUUAAGUGAUCGGUGACUUUUGUGGCAUGAUUCUCACACUGAUAAUUAUAAUGUGUCAUUGCUUGUAAAUGUAUCAUUGUCAGUUCAAUAUAAUAUUACAUCUAUUGAAGUAUUUAUGCAGAAAUGAUGAAAGUGAUCAUGUAUAUGCAGUGUUUCUUUAACUUAAUUCAAACUCAUUGAGCACUCUGAAGAUAAACAACAGAUUGCUACAGAAUGUUGAAUCAGACUACUUGUGAUUUCAAUGUAUGACCCUCUACAAUUCACAAACCUGCAUGAUGCCAGCUUUGACUUCUUGCCUUCAAAUCAGUACAAAUGAGCAACUGGUGAAAUAGAAUUAAUAAACUGUUAACAUCUUCACAAUUUUCUGUAAUUACAAUAAUUUGUUCCUGGAUUAUAGAAAGCUGCUAAUGGAGAUAAGUUGCACUGAAGACUGACAUCAGUUAUUAUAUAAGUGAAUACCAAUUAUUCUGGGCACAGUGUGCAAAAGUUCACAGACAGUUAAUAUUCAGAUUUUCUUUUUUUUUUUUUUUAAUUGAUCACUGUAACAGCUUCAUGAAAAAACCUAAAUUUACCAUGUUUGGCAAAUAAUAAAACAUGUUAAUGUUCAGUAAGUAUUAUGGCAGCUAGAUUCAUUGAUUCUUGUAUAUGAUCUGCCUAACUGAUAAGAUACAAGAGCUUUUUUCAAUUCGAUCUUAAGAAGAAAGUACACAAGUUUAUAGCCAUGAUAUCAUAUAUCAUGAUAAAAAAUUAAUGGUGACUGUGAGAAAACAUCAUAUAUAUUUUUCAUUCUCUUUUGUGCAUGAUAACUCAUGUGACAUAUUUCCUGUGGUAGUUUUGAAAAUACUAUAAAUGUAAAAUCAUAUCUUAUAUUCUCUUGGAUAGGAGAAUGAUAAGAACUCAACACAUUUCAUCCAAGUUGUUCAUGGAUUAAAUAUAAUUGGCACUUUUUAGGCAACUGAUUAUAAUUGUCUUUCUUGUGUUGUUAUUUUUAUAUAUUUUUGUAGUAAAAUUGUUCAUUUUUAAGAAGUAAAUUUUAUUUUUUU